AUGCAUCAAGUAGAGGAAGCACCUCGACCUCCGUCAGUUAAUUUCAGUGUAUCACCAUUGAAAUCUGAAGUUGUUGAACAACCUGCACCUAUUUCUUCAACAGAAUCUUCAGUAGUACUAUCAUCAGUUCCACAAUCACAAUUGAUCACUGUACCAAUCGCUCCAGCUCAACCAUUAUUAACAAGUACACCUACAUCAGCAAUAAAACGAACAACAAAGCGUGGAUUUCGAACAUAUUUGAAUGCUAAAAAACCUAUUCGAUCAUCAGCGAAACCAGCGACAUUACUUGCUCGACCCUCUAUCAUUAAUACAUCAACUAUAUUACCACAUUCACAACAACCAAUUCUAAUUGGUAAUCAGAUAGCACCAUUCACUCCAAAAGCAAUACCAUCAAUUCCAGCAAAUUCAUCUCCAGGAUUUACGACUUAUUUAGUUGUCGAUGGAAAUCAAGGACAACUUGUUCAAGUUGCUAAUGAUGGACAAAAACCUGUCACAUUUCGAAAUCAAGCUGGUCAAAUUCUUCAAGCUACACCAAUUACUGUUGUUUCAGCUGCUAAUCAACCCGUUGCUUCUUCUUUUCCUGUCAAUGGAGAUUGUUCAUUACUUUCCAAUUCAUCACAAACAAUCACAACCGUUCGCACAAGUUCUUCUAUUGACAUGCAACAACAAACCACUUUAACAAGUGAUACAACAACAAUGACAACACAACAAUUAACAGGUAUUAUUCAUCAACCACCGAUUUUACCAACAACUAUUAUUAAUGGAAAUAAUAUACAAACAUAUGAUACUAAUUCAUCAUUAGAUGAAACAAAAAUAUCAGAUAGUAAUAAUUUAUCACUUUCAUUAUCACAAAUUGCACAAAAAGUUAAUCAUCGUCAUCGUCGAUCGAGCAGUUCAAGUUUAUCGAAAAAGAAACGUGGACGACCAAGAUUGUAUGAACGUGAUCCAUUUACAAAUAAACCAAUAAAAAGUGAUUCAACAGGUACAGAAUUAAUAAUACCAUCUGUCACAAAUACAACAUUAUUAGUACCCGGACAAACAGCAACAUUUAAUACAUUAUCUAAUCAUUCAAAUGGAUGUGGUUCACUUAUAUUUCCAAAUCAAACAACUACAAUUCCUGUGACUAAUCCGUCAUUAUUACAACAACAUCAACAUCAAUAUGCAUAUCCAUCAUUACUUAAUGGUACUACAACUUCAACAAAUAUGCUUGCACCACCUACAUACAAUACAUAUUCUAAUAAUACAAAUACAGCAUUAUCAUCUACGACAUUUCCUUAUUCAUCUCCAUCUAUAUCAAAAGAAUAUUCUCAACCAACUGUGCCUUCAAUAACACCAAUACAUAACUUACAAACAUCUACUACAACAACAUCAUCAUCCAAUGUUUCUAAUAUUGCUCCAUUAAAUUCUUCAUCAAUAAAAUCAUCAAAUAAUGAUAUUGCUGUUCAUUAUAUAGGUGGUUUUGUAAUCCGUGAAAGUAGUCAUCCGUUUUUACCCAAUGAGAAUGUAAUUCAUAAAGAAAACAAUGAUCAACUUCGAUGCAUUACAUGUCAGAAAACAGAUUUUUCUUCAAGAUUUUUUGAUCAAGAAAAAAAAUAUUGUUCAAAAUUAUGUUCAUUAAAAUUGAAUGAAAAUAAACCUCCAACAAUCACAGAACCAAUACGAGUAAAUAAAAAUCUGAUAGAAAAUAUUAUUCCACAACAACCAGUUGAACCAAAUAUUGAUGAACAAAUACCAUUACCACCGGAUCAUGGUCUUCCAACUGAUCCUAGUAAAUGGACGGUUUUACAAGUAGGAGAAUUUAUAGCACGUUUAACGAAUGAAACAAUACGUGAAGCUUUUUAUGAAAGUGAAAUGGAUGGUCAAGCAUUAUUAUUAAUGACACAAGAACAUUUACGAGAAACAAUGAAAAUAAAAUUAGGACCAUCAUUAAUUAUAUCAAGUGAAAUAACUAAAUUACGUGAACGUGCAAAAACAUUUUCAUCUUGA